AUGAAGGUCGCAACUGUUCUCGUCACCAUCGUCUCUCUCGCCAGCACCGCCUUCGCAAAUGGCUGCUUUUACUGCUCCCAGAGAACGGGAGGCGUAGUCUGCACCACCUUUGGCUCUGGCGCUGCGAGCCACGGCUGCGGCUGGUGCUGUGACACUGUCGACGAGUGUAUUACCCUGGUUGACAAUGGAGUCUGCAAAUAA